UCGAUUAGAAGGUAAAGGUCAUCAAACAGGAAGUCGCCAUUAUUGACAACAAACCAGUUUGGCAAGUGAUAAAUAUGCAUUUGUGUUGUGUUUUCUUACCGAUGUUUGUUAUAUUAUAAAACAAAUAACAAUGUCUGUUGCUGGUGGCAGUCACAAAGAUAGCAGUAAGGCAGGGUUUUGGAAAAAAUCCGGCGCUUCAGUACCAGGAAGUGGUAAGCCAGUGUAUGGAGCUCAACAUCCUCCCAUUCAGAAACCAUUGAGUGUGGCGGGUGUAAAGAAGGAUGAGAAGGCCCGUGGUCUGCGCACUGACUCAUUCCAGGACUUCCAGAAACAGACGCAGGACGCUUGGGACAGCGGGGAUGAUGACCUCAUGAUCGACAUGGCCAACAUACGCCUGUCCAUGAAGGACAUACAGCAGACAGCCCGCCAGGUGCUGGAUAACCACAGCCAGCAGACCAGGAACUCUAACAUGAAAUUCCAGGGGUCAGCCCCUGUGUCAGGUGGGCCCCACAAGGCAGGGCCAGGUGUCGGAGUACGACUGAACAACACCUGGCAGCCACCCAAACCCAGCGCUAUCCGCUACAUCCAGGACACGGCUGUGGACAAGGAGGCAACGAAACUGGAGAAGAUCAGGGCACUGCUCGCCGGACCCAACACCAGUAUGGUUGAACUUCAAAAGCUCAGCUGGUCUGGUUUGCCAAAAAGUGCACGUCCAACGUGCUGGAAAAUACUAUCGGGCUAUUUACCGUGCAAUGUUGAGCGUCGUGCAGGAAUGUUACAACGCAAGAGACAGGAGUAUUUCAGCCUUAUAGAGCAGUAUUAUGAGAGUAGACAUGAAGAGCAGCACCAGGACACAUUUAGACAGAUUCACAUAGAUAUACCCAGAAUGAAUCCACUUAUUCCUAUAUUUCAACACAUUUUAGUACAAAAUAUAUUUGAGCGUAUCUUGUACAUGUGGGCCAUACGACACCCUGCCAGUGGCUAUGUACAGGGCAUCAAUGAUCUCGUCACUCCGUUCUUUGUGGUCUUCCUCUCAGAGUACAUUGAAAAUGAUGUGGAGGUAGAGAACAUCAACCUGACAGAGCUGCCAGAGGAGACCCUGAACAUCAUCGAGGCCGACACGUUCUGGUGUACGUCCAAACUGCUGGACGGUAUCCAGGACAACUACACCUUCGCCCAGCCGGGCAUACAGCUCAAAGUGCUCGCCCUGAAGGAGUUAGUGGAGAGGAUAGACAUCCCCCUGCACAGACAUCUGGAGGAACAGUGUGUGGAGUAUCUCCAGUUUGCCUUUCGCUGGAUGAACAACCUGCUCAUGAGGGAGAUACCCCUGCGCUGCAGUAUCCGGCUGUGGGAUACUUUCCUGUCAGAGCCCAAUGGCUUUGCAGACUUCCACCUGUAUGUUUGUGCAGCUUUUCUCACCAGGUUUUCCAAAGAUCUGCUCAGGGAAAAAGACUUUCAGGGCAUCCUGAUGUUCAUACAGAACCUUCCCACACACCACUGGCAGGACCCCGACAUCGGGGAACUACUGGCCGAGGCCUUCAAACUCAAGUUCCUGUUUGCCGACGCUCCAAACCACCUGCCUAAGAAGUCCUGACAUGGACAGGGAGACUAGUUAAAGGACAAAUUAACGAUUCCAUUAAGUGUGGCAGCAGGUGCUGGAAUGGACCGCCAUGUGGUGUUGAAUUGCUUACCUGACAUUAUAGUGGAAGUGUUAGGCGAUACAAACUAUAUAUGGCUUAACAAGUAUGACAGCGAGCAUUGGAAUUGACUGCAAUUUAGUGUUAGCUGCAAAUCUUGACUUUGUGGUAUUGCUAAUAGCUGGUCUGGUCAGUUUAAUAGACAUUUCUUAGAAGACGGUAGGGAGUGCUGGGCUGGAUAUGCUAAUAUCUCAAUGUGGUAUCACCUAUGGCUGUUAAGUUUAUAAGAAUAUUUUAUUGAAUUUGUUAGCCACAGUGUGGGAUAAAUAAGGCCUCUCAUGAUCUGGGCUUUUGCAGUUCCCUUGACAAGGUGUUGUGGCCCAUGGCUAAAGUGAGGUACAUGACAGUGUGUUACUGUUUGUGAAAGGUACUGGUGUAAGCUGCCAUCUUGACUGGGAAUAGAUUAGCUGCAAAUUUACAGUUAAUGUCCAGUGGUUGUAAUUAUGUUCCUGGUCAAAAAUCUAGCCACGCCCUGAGGAUUGCAAAGUCAGUGAACAUUUAUAAAGCACAUUAACUAAAUCAAAU